AUGCCUCCUCUCCCCUUCGGCACGCACACCAAGCACCUGCUGCGGGGCGUUCAACCGCAGCCGGGGCACCUGUUUCCACCGCGGUGGUCCAGCUGCUGCUCGGUGCCUGCUGCUCGUCGUCUUGAGAGGGGGCCCCUUGCUGGUGUUGCCACGCCCAGUGCCGGGGGAGGUGGUGGUGCUAAACGCACUGGGCCCAGCCCCCACCCCACUCCCUCCCACAGGGUUUCUCCUCGUCGCUGGUGCUGCCCAGCGCCCACACUCUCAGGCCCCUCCGACCCUGGUUUCUCCUCGUCUCUGGUGCUGCCCACGCCCUCGGACCCCUCAGACCCAGUGCUGCCCGCCUCUGCUGCGAUCAGCUCAGUGGAUCGAGUAAGGGGCCCAUUCAACCCCGCUCGCAUGGAGUACAUUCAGCAAGACAUGCGCUGGGAUGAGUUUGAGCAGCUGCUGGAAGCCAUGCACCUCUGA